ACAAAUACGCCAUCCGCUUCAUCCCUCACGAGAACGGCGUCCACUCCAUCGACGUCCGGUUCAACGGGCGGCAUGUGCCGGGCAGCCCCUUCAACAUCCGCGUGGGGGAGCAGAGCCAAGCGGGAGACCCUGGGCUCGUCACGGCCUACGGCCCAGGCCUGGAGGGAGGAACCACAGGAGUCUCCUCCGAGUUCCUUGUGAAGACCCGAAACGCCGGCUCGGGGGCCCUCUCGGUCACCAUCGACGGGCCCUCCAAGGUGCAGAUGGACUGCCAGGAGUGUCCCGAGGGCCACAAGGUCACUUACAUGCCCAUGGCGCCUGGAAGCUACCUCAUUUCCAUCAAGUACGGGGGUCCCCAGCACAUCGUCGGCAGCCCCUUCAAAGCCAAAGUCACGG